UUACUCCUGUUCAUCUGCGGUCAGAGGCAGAAGAUGGGGACCCUAAGAAUUUUCAGCAAAGCAAACACAGGUUACUCACUUACUGUAAGAGAUGGGAUGGUUGUUAUGGCCGAGUCCGAUAAAACUGACCCUCGCCAGCACUGGAUAAAGGACGAGACAUACAGUACGAGGAUGCAGAAAGCAACAGGCUUAUAUGCCUUUUCUCUCAUCAAUAAAGCUACUAAUCUGGCUUUAAAGCAUCCCAUCAGUGCUAAACUCCCUGUUCAGCUCAGCUCACACAACUUAUGUGUUCUUGACGAAUCAAUUCUAUGGAUGAACAACGUGAGCGCAGGUGACGGCUUCACAUAUAUAAGGAUGAUAAACAACAACAACUUGAACAUGGAUGCUUUCGUUGGAGCGGGAACAAUAGUGGACAACACUGUUGUUGGGCUUUGGGAGCCGAACAAUGCACCUAAUCAGAUGUGGCAAAUCGUUCCUUACUGUAAGUUUUCGAAUUGCCAUAGCUCUAUAUAGAACUCCUCAAAUAAA